UCGCCACAAGACUUUGUGUAUCGAUAAAAAAGAGUCGAAAGUAAUGGAAAAGCGAGCGAAUGGCAAUCUACCAGAGCUUUACUUAUGGCUCAUUAAACCCUUCAUCGCCAGAGACUGCAAAAGAAAGGGAACCGAAGUUCGAGAGCACAGAGAAAAGAGAGCAGUCAUUGCAGACCAUAUCCAACACAACACAACCAUCACAUACACGACAAUUCAAUUCAUCUCUAGUGACUCCCUGUGCUCUGUAUCCAUACAACACCCUAUACUACAGCACUAG